AUGCCAUCUUCGCGUCCGUUAAGUAACAAGGUGUGUGUGCCGAACGCAGAGAUCAUGCUGCUGCCAGCAACCGCCUUUGCCCUUGAGCCCGGUGAAGGGAGAGCUUGGGCGGUAGAGUCUGGCAGUCAGCUCAUCUGCUACACGCUAGGCUUUCAUCAUCUGGAAUAUGUCAGUAUUGUAACAUGUGGAGGGGAGUCGAGUACGACGUUAGAAGAGUUCAAAAAGACCUUAGCAUUCCCGUCGGCAACAUGUUCUUUCGGAGAUCUGGCUAAGGAUGCUGCAAGUCGCAUUGACGAACAGAUCGUUCUGCAUGGCUAUAUCGGGACCAGGAGAGAUGCCUCAAAGUCACUCACUUUUGCUGAGCUCCAUGACAUGCAUCUUAAGUCGACAGUGCAGCUAGUCUCCACGCCUACCAAGGGCGUCGAUGGUAGCAAUGAAGCUCAUCAGCUGCUCCGCAACAUUGAGGAUCACACUCCUGUCGCAGUGUCUGGUACCGUCAAGGCCCGCAAGGCACCGAAGACCACCGCAACAGGGGAUCAUAGCAAUGUUCUUAUUACUGGCGCUGAGAUCAAGAUUGAGAAGAUCACGCCUCUCAAUGCCUUCCCAAGGGAUAUCAUCAUGACGGAAGAGACCGUCUUCUCCCCCGAGCAACGCCAUCUGCAAAUCAGGAACGAUCGAUCAAUACGGCAGGCUCUCGCCUUCAGAAGCAAGGCCGCGCGCUUGAUUCGCGACGAGCUCUGCACGAAGCAUGACUUCGCCGAGAUCGAGACACCACUUCUCUUCAAAUCAACUCCAGAGGGCGCGAGAGAGUUCUUAGUACCAACAAGAGCUGCCGGCCAGGCAUACGCACUGCCACAGUCUCCUCAACAGUACAAGCAGAUAUUGAUGGCGAGUGGAAUCCCGAGGUACAUGCAGAUAGCGAAGUGCUUCCGCGACGAGGAUCUACGAGCGGACAGGCAGCCAGAGUUCACUCAAGUCGAUCUCGAAAUGGCAUUUGCCACCGGCGAAGAUGUUAUGUCCGUCAUCGAGGGAGUGGCAAGGCGACUUUGGGCCGAGUUGCUGGAUAUUGGAGAUCUGCCUGAGAAGUUCGACCGAAUGACUUACGACGAAGCAAUGUCGAAAUACGGCUCAGACAAGCCAGAUCUUCGACUAGGCUCGGAAAUUGUCCGAAUUGGACACCUUCUUCCACAAGACCUCGUCAUGAAGAUUGGGCCUCUGAAUGAUCCAAUUGUCGAAUGCAUUAAGGUGCCCAUAGCAGAGGAUCCCCAAGAAACUAGGAAAUUUGUCAACGCCUUCAUGGACUCGCCUGAAGCCCAGCACUUUAUACAAAACCCUGAAGGGCAGCCAGGCAUUUUCAUCCACAACUCGCGCAAGCCCCUUCAGGGCCUACAGCCGUUCGGCUUCGAAGCUGCUGAGCAGUUGGAGGAGGUUCUCGAACUCGAAGAUGGAGACGUGGUCGUCAUACAAGCACGGAAAGAUGCUUCCUUCUCAGGAGGCUCUACACCUAUCGGAAAUCUCCGACUCGCACUGCACAAAUCAGCCGUGAAGCAAGGCUUCCUGCCUGCCCCGACCGGCUUCGCGUUCACAUGGAUCACCGACUUCCCGCUGUUCUCGCCUGUGGUAGAAAAUGAGCCAGGUCAAGGUGGCUCGGCAGGCAUCUCAUCAACGCAUCAUCCCUUCACAGCACCGAAGACGCCUGAGGAUGUCGAUCUCCUCCUAGAAGAUCCUUUGCAAGUCAAAGCCGACCACUACGACCUUGUCGUGAAUGGCGUAGAGCUCGGAGGUGGGAGCAGACGGAUCCACAAUGCACAGAUGCAAGAGUUCAUCAUGCGUGAGAUCCUAAAGAUGAGCGACGAGCGGAUGAAAGACUUCGCGCAUCUAAUCGAGGUCCUGCGUGCUGGCUGUCCACCACAUGCUGGUAUUGCACUGGGCUUCGAUCGUUUGAUCGCGGUGAUGCUUGGAAGGGAAUCCGUCAGGGAUGUCAUUGCCUUCCCCAAGAGCGGCAAGGGCGAAGACCUGCUCGUGAAGAGCCCGACGAAGAUGACUGAGGAGCAACUCGAGACAUAUCAUCUCCGUCUCAGAACGUAG